GCCGAGGAGGCGCCCUGGCUGCCUUGCCUGCAGCAGGAGAACUUCUCGGGCCGGACGCCAGGCAGAAUUAUUACAUCACGGCGCGGGGAGUGUGCCUGCGCGGAGCCGCUCAAAUAAAGGCAGGUAGCCGGGCGAGCAGGGAGGGGGGAAAGAGAGCCGGAGGAGGAGACAGGAGAGAGAGAGAGAGAGAGAGAGGGCGGGAGGAGGAGGAGGCGGCGAGCAAACCCAGCGCGCACAUGGAGCGAGGAGGAGACGCGCUGCAAGGUUGCAAGGACCGGCUGGGAAGGAGCUGCUGCGCCCGAGUGCUAUAAAAGCGACCUCCCAAGGCUCAGUCUGGGGGAAACUUGGGAGCGAGGGAUGCCUUUUCGCCUCUUUCGGGUGGAACCAGUGACAAACAGAGGCAAAGCUGCAGCAGGACUUUGCUGGUGAGAGAGAGAGAGAGAGCGAAAGAACUCCCUUCCCAUCCUCCUCCCAUCUCUCGUCUCUUUUCCUUUCUGGAGUCGUCGGUUUCCAUAGCGAUGGAGCGGCAAGCGCAGGAAAUUUAAAGGCGAGGGGGAUCUUGGCGGAGCAGACUCGCUGGUGCCGGCGGCGGAGAGGGCGCUUGGAGCGAGCGAGCGAGCGAGGAAGGAAGGAGGGUUUUCUUCCCCGCGAGAGAGGGAUUGCACACCCACGUUGGCCGCGGGGGAGAGCGGGAGCCUUUCCUGGGAUGCUGGGCUGAAGGAGCCCUCCUCGCCGGCUUUCUCCCCGCCAGGAUGCCUCCCUGGCUGGUGGCCCUGUGCGCGCUGGCGGCCUCGGUGGCGCUGCGGGCGGAGCGGGGCCAGUGCCAGCACUACCUGCACAUCCGCCCCGCGCCCAGCGACAACCUGCCCUUGGUGGACCUCAUCGAGCACCCGGACCCGCUCUUCGACCCCAAGGAGAAGGACCUCAACGACACCCUCCUCCGGGGCCUGCUGGGCAGCCACUUCGACCCGGCGUUCAUGGCGGCGGCGCUGCCCAACGAGGAGCGGCCCAACGGAGGAGGCGGCGAGGACUUGGCCGAGAUGGACCUCCUCCUGCGGCAGCGACCCUCGGGAGCCAUGCCCGGGGAGAUCAAGGGCCUGGACUUCUACGACCCCGCCGGGGGAGGAGGCGGAGGGGGCGGCCCGGCCUCCAGCAAGAAGCACCACCGGCUCAGCAAGAAGCUGCGGAGGAAGCUCCAGCUCUGGCUCUGGUCGCAGACCUUCUGCCCGGUGCUCUACACCUGGAACGACCUGGGCAGCCGCUUCUGGCCGCGCUACGUCAAGGUGGGCAGCUGCUUCAGCAAGCGCUCCUGCUCCGUCCCCGAGGGCAUGCUCUGCAAGCCCGCCAAGUCCGCGCAUCUCACCAUCCUCCGGUGGCGCUGCCAACGGCGGGGCGGGCAGCGCUGCGCCUGGAUCCCCAUCCAGUACCCCAUCAUCUCCGAGUGCAAGUGCUCCUGCUAGGAAGGCACCUCUCCCUUCCACUCCUGCAGGCCCUGCCCCAAGAAGCUCCCUCAGUCACUGACUCCCGUAUGCUUUGGAGAGGGACAGCUUGGCUUGGGAAACGCUCCACUGCCAUUGGAGGCAGGUGGGCAUCCUAGCAGUUGUUCAGUCAUCCGCCUCCUUCGCCGUCUGGUCCAGCUGGAUCUACACUGGCUUGGGUGAACCCAUGGGUUUUACACUACACCCUUUGAACCGCGUUAUAGACCAGGCACGGGCAAACUUCAGCCAACACUCCAGGUGUUUUGGACUUCAACUUUCACCAUUCCUCACAGCCUCAGGCCCUUUCCUUUUCCUGCGCAUAGCAGUAUUGGGUUGCUGUGAAUCUUUCUGACUGUAUGACCAUGUUCCAGUUUCAGUCAUACAGCCUGAAAGACUCACAAUAAGUGAUUCCAACCACGAAAGCCUUUGACUAUAGCAGUAUUCACAGUAGGAGUAAUAUUUGCCAGCCUUUGGUCCUCCCAGUCUUUUGGACUCCAGCUCCCAGAAUUCCUGACAGUUGGCUAAGCACUCUAGGAUAGUGGUUCUCAACCAGACGUUUUUGGCCUACAACUUCCAGAAAUCCCAGCCACUUUGCCAGCGGUUAAGAUUUCUAGGAGUUGAAGGCCAAAAACAUCUGGGGAUCCACUGGUUGAGAACCACUGCACUAUACCAUGCCAACACUUCUAUGCAUGUCCAUACACAUAGGACUUAUCCUGCUCCUGUUACAUUUGGUGGUGCUUGUGUUUGAGUAACCAAGCUUGAUUCAAAAUAACUGGGGUUAACUUUGGAGGACAGACAGAGGACCCGAGGUUGAGAACCACUGUUUUCGGAGCUGAAGUCUCAAAAACCUGUAAGACCAAAGGUUGGGAAGCACUGAUCUAAGAGAUGGUUUAGUAUUACGAAAGGCUCGGGAAAUCACCAGAGUUUCACUGGAACAAAGUAUGGACCAAUACUGUCUACAUCAUUGGUUCUCAACCUGUGGGUCUCCAGGUGUUUUGGCCUACAACUCCCAGAAAUCCCAGCCAGUUUGCCAGCUGUUGUUAUUUCUGGGAGUUGAAGGCCAAAACAUCUGGGGACCCACAGGUUUAGAACCACUGGUCUUCAUGGAAAAGGAAAGGGCCUGAAGCUGUUAGGAAUGGUGGCAGUUGAAGUCCAAACACCUAGAGGGCCAAAGUUUGCCCAUGCCUGGUACAGACUUACUGACUCUGGGUCUACUGACCAUGUAAUGCAGUUCAGACUGCAUUUAUAUGGCCAGUGUAGAUCCAGAUUGCAGUUGUCAAGAUUCCACCGCAUUUGAACCAUGGCUCUUCCAACUGAUGCCAAACUUGCCUUCAUUCAAUAGCGAUGCACCUCUUGUCAUGCAGAGAAGAAUGUAACUUUGCAAGCUGGAAGGGUGUGCGGUUGUGAUUGCACAUGGAUGGAUGGUCUAAUAAUCCACCAUCUCUUGAUUUCCUUUCGAACUUUGUCAGUGUCACAGCAUCCUCGGCUACUGUAUUUUGGACAGGAAUUUGCCUCGGACGUCCCAUUCCCUUCCUCCCCUUUAAUUUAUAUUUCAGGACAAAAAGAAGAAGUAUGGGGGGACAUUCCCAAUCAACCAGGACAAUAAACCCCACUGGUUUGUGAAAGGUUGUUUUUUGUUUUGUUUUUUAAAGAAGCGUGAACUUUUGGUAAGAAAAAGACACCUUUUUUAUAUAUAUAAAGAGAUUAAGAUAUUUUCCAUUCUUCGGAAAAUGUGUGCUUGAGUCGCGUGUGGAUUUUUUAUGGACUUCCAAGAUAUUAUUAUUGUUAUUGUUAUUAUAAUAAAAAAGCUUAGGACACGAUGUUAUUGUAUAUAGUGAACUUCUCUUUUUUCCCUUUUUUUUGUUUUGGAAUGUCUUUAAAUUCUCUGUAAAUGGAAGAGAGUCUGCUAUUUAUUCUUUAUAUUCAUUCCCCUGUAGUCGGAAAGUUGAGUUCGGAAUUAAAGUCGACCACUAAACCGAG